AUGACAACAAUACAUGACAACAAUGAACAACUCAUUCUUCUCCUCCACAGUGUCCUUCCCUGUCCUCACCUCCUCCAUGCCUUGGCCUUCAUCUUCCUUUCAAUUACUCACCCUUUGAAAACAGGCCAGGAUGAACAAAAACAUGCAAGUGUUUCAAUCACUCUUGAUCUGGUAUUUCUUGUAAGGAUAUGA